UGCGGGGUCGGGGUCGGGGUCGGGGUCGGGGUCGGGGUCGCCGUCUGGUCGCGUCCGGUGGCGCUCGGGGCUCUGGGGCCCGGGUCUCGGCCUCUCGCAGACAGACCGGCGGGCGCGACCUGCGCUGACUUUCGGGGUGCUCCGUGUCAGCGGCUUCGCUGCCCGCGUGACCCGUGACCCUCGACCUGUGACCCGCCCGGCCAUGCGCAGACUGGGCUGCGCGUGCUGGGCGGCGGCGGUCUCGAGGGGGCUCGCGGGGACCCCCGCUCGGACCCGCGCAGGCCGCAGCAUGGCCGCCGCCGCGAGCCUGGACAUCCAGUGCGAGGAGCUGAGCGACGCCCGCUGGACCGAGCUGCUGCCGCUCAUCCGCCAGUCCGAGGUGGUCAGGCUGGACGACUGCGGGCUGACGGAGGGCCGCUGCCGGGACAUGAGCCGCGCCCUGCGCGCCAACGCCUCCCUGACGGAGCUCAGCCUGCGCGCCAACGAGCUGGGCGACCCGGGGGUGCACCUGGUGCUGCAGGCGCUGCAGACGCCCACCUGCCGGAUCCGGAAGCUCAGCUUGCAGAACUGCGCGCUGACGGAGGCUGGCUGCGGGGUGCUGCCGGGGGCGCUGUGUGCGGUGCCCACCCUCCGGGAGCUGCAUCUGAACGACAACCCGCUGGGCGACGCGGGGCUGCGGCUGCUGUGUGAGGGGCUGCGAGCCCCCCAGUGCCACCUGGAGCGGCUGCAGCUGGAGUACUGCGGGCUGACGGCGGCCGGCUGUGGGGCCCUGGCGGCGGUGCUGCGGGACAAGCCCGACGUCAAGGAGCUGGUGCUGAGCAACAACGAGCUGGGCGACGCGGGCAUGCGGGAGCUGGUGCGGAGCCUGGCCGCCGGGCCCAGCGCGCUGGAGACUCUCAAGCUGGACAGCUGCGGACUGGGCCCGGAGGCCUGCUCGGAGCUGAGCGGCCUGCUGAGCGCCAAGCCGUCGCUGCGGGAGCUGGACCUGGGCAGCAACGCGCUGGGCGACGCGGGCGUGGCCGCCCUGUGCCCCGGGCUGCUGAGCCCCGGCUCCAGACUGCGGACUCUGUGGCUCUGGGAGUGCGGCCUGGGCGCCGAGGGCUGCCGGGAGCUGUGCCGCGUGCUGGGCGCCAAGGAGACCCUGCGGGAGCUGAGCCUGGCCGGCAAUGAGGAGCUGGGCGAUGCGGGCUGCGGGCUGCUGUGCGAGACCCUGCUGGGCGGCGGCUGCCAGCUGGAGACGCUGUGGGUCAAGUCGUGCGGCCUGACGGCAGCCAGCUGUCCAGCCUGGGCCUCGGUGCUGACGCGGACACAGAAGCUCCAGGAGCUGCAGCUCAGCGGCAACCGACUGGGGGACACGGGCGUGCGGGAGCUGUGCGAGGCCCUGGGGCAGCCAGGGGCCACGCUGCGGGUGCUGUGGCUGGGCGACUGCGAGGUGACCGACAGUGGCUGCGAGAGCCUGGCCUCCCUCCUGCGGGAUACCCGCAGCCUGCGAGAGCUGGACCUGAGCAACAACGGCCUGGGCGACGCGGGCGUGUUGCUGCUGCUGGGCUGCCUGGAGCGGCCCGAGUGCCCCCUGGAGCAGCUUGUCCUUUACGACAUCUACUGGACGGAGGCCGUGGAGCAGCAGCUGCAGGCCCUGGAGCAGAGGCGCCCCAGCCUGAAGAUCGUCUACUGAGGGUGCCGGGCCGCCCGCCACGGGCAGCCCCUGCCUUAGGCCUACCCUGGGCGCUGGCCGGCAUUAAAGUGCUUUCUGGA